GAUGUAGACAAACUGCAACUACAUAGUAAAUAAACAAAGUUCAUGCAUGAAUAUAUUUAUUGCCAAAAUGAAAAGAACAGUUAAAUAACAGAUACCUGUCUGUUAUAAUUAUUCUUCAAAUGUAAAUUAAUGAGAAGUAAAAAAUCAACUUGUACAAGAUGUCUACCAAAGGCUCUGCAGCAUCAAAACUACAGACAGCAUCUUUAAAAGCCACAAAGAUGUCUGUCUUUAAUAUAGCCAAUCGACUGAAGAAAAAAAGGGAUGGAACUCCAGAUAAAUCAACCACGCCCACACAAGAUUCAGAUGACAGAUUGACACCAGCUAAAAAUGUCAUCUGGAAUGAAGAAAUUGAGAAACUCCAGAUUAAACAGGAUGAGCUUAUCAAGUUGCGACCACCACACCCUCCACCAGAGGAGAGAAAAAUGGUGACCAGAAAAGUUCCUGUGAAAAAAGUGAAAAUAGUUCCAGAGGAAGCUAAACCUGCUACUCCGCCCAAGCCAAAAUCUCCCAGUGGACAUAACAGACCCAUCAGCCCUGCUGAUUACCUAGGGUAUGCAGGCCCUCGUUAUGAUGAAAAAGGUAACGUCAUCAAUCACAGCCUUUUGGGGACGUAUGAAGAAUAUCAUCGCGAGGCAGUCAGAAGGGGAGAUUUACUUGAUAUAAUGCCUGUUCCAAAAGAAACAGACAGAAGACUGGAUACACCAUCUGUCAAGUAUGAAAAGAAGAAAAAAACUGUAAAGCUGACUCAUGAUGAAAACAAUGCCAUCAAUAAUUGGAACCAGAAAAUGAACGAAAGAAAACUACAACAGAUUCACAUCUCAAAGCUGCUCCAGAAACCAGUAGAAGAUUUGGCCAUGAACCAGGCAGACAACUACAGGGCCAUUCAAGAGCAGAGGUACCUCAUAGACAGGACCCUCCCUAAGGUGGAUUAUGGCAAAGGAUAUCGAAUUGGAAGUGAAUUCUGGAAUCAACAAAGACUGUUGGGUGAUGAAAAUAAUGGCAUUCACAUGUCUUUAACUCAAGCUCAAAGAGGCUACCCACCCCCAGUGGAACAUGUGGGUCUAUCACAGCUAGGGAAGGCAGAGAAAGGUUGUGAGUGGCUUGGAAAGAAAAAUUCCCAUGUGAACUAUCCCUGGCACAAGUCAGAGUUUCUCAACCAGAGACUCCAGCAGUUGCAGCCUUACAUCCAGGAGCUUGACCCUUGGAAACCUGAGUUUGAAUACCUGCAAAUAGUGGGCAGCAACAAGCCGUAUGAAAAGUCUAUGGAGGAAGAGAAGUCUGAACAAGACUCCAGUGAAACUGACACAUUUUUAGAAAGCUCAAAGCAAGAAACAGAAGGAGACAGUGAUAAAAAUCAGGAAAGUAUGGAAGAUAACUCUUCUGGUCAAGAUGAAAGUUUGCAAACAGUUUUUGGCCCUUCUCUUUUGUUUGCUGGUCAGCCUGCAAGGUGGAUUGGAGACAGUAGCUCAUUGAAGAAUAAAACAGCCAUUGAAGCCAGGGUAACCUUUGAAGGCUUCACAUGUGACAGGGUGACUUCCCUUCUGGAGCUCCACAAUAAUGGAACCACUGUCAUUUACUAUGACUGGAAGAAAGUAGGGAAAGAGAACCCAUUUGCUUUUGUUCAAAAUGAAGUUCAAAGGUUUUACUUCAACACUGCUUCAGGUGUAAUAUUACCUGGGGAAUCUUUUAAAUUCCCAUUUGUUUUCAAGUCGCCUACUCCAGGGGUUUAUACAGAACAAUGGAAAUUUGAAACUCGUCCAUCUUUAUGUGGAGGGGCAGCAUUGUUGGUUACCCUACGUGGUGUUGCUAUACAAGAAGACAAGUAUAAGGAGCAAAGGGAAAAAUUAGAAAAAGAAUUGCUUGAAAGACAAGCCAAUGAGGCAGUCAAGCGUAUCCUGUAUGAGUUAGUGAAUGGCAUCAGAACUCCAGAAAGGUCACGGUCUCCUGUUGAUGCCUACAUUACUGAGGAGGAAAUAUUCAGCCGCAACAACCCAGCAUUGCAAUACUCUCACGAGCUUGUUUCACAACUGAAAGAUAUUUAUAGCCAGCUGUUUGAUGAAGAGCUCCGUGCUGAAAAUGUUUGGAGUUUAAGCAUAGCAGAUCUACAAGAGAGUGUUAUGGAAUUAGAGGAUGAUGAGAAAAGAGAGAAUUUAUUGCAGCAGAUGAACUUAAUCGUUGGAAAAUUAACUUACAUUCCAGCAAAGCCGCUCCCUCAACAGACCUACGGCAUAGGAUAUCGGAUUCUCCAGGAAGCUAUAGAUAAAAUAGUUAAAGAGUCUUCACAUUUGAGACAAACCCUGGGACUCCCAGGUAGAGAGGAUGACACAGGCAAAGAUGGAAUUCAAACACCAAGUGGAGCUAAUCCAGAUCAUUUACAUGAAGAUAAUAAUCCACCUCCACCACCUGCUGAUGAUGGUCGUAAAAAGGGUUCUAGCAAGGCCUCACAAGGUAAAGCAGCAGGAAAAGAUGUGAAAACUUCUAAAACACCUACUGGGAAAACUGACCCUAAAGGUAAAACCCCACCAUCACCUGCACCACCUGGAAAGAAAGCUCAAACACCUGUUAAAGUAACCCCACCAGCACAAGCCCCACCUCAGACACCUCAAGCAGUACCGGGGACGCCCCCUGGUGGAAACCUUGACCCCAUUCCUGCCAAUGGAACACCUGCUGUUGCAGAGUUAUCUCCAGUAGAGAAACUGUAUAAAGAAAUUUUUGCUUCCCAGGUUUACAACAUACUAGGAGAUACGCUAGACAGGAUGGAUGUGAUGUUGAAAGCUUUUAGAGAAGUCAACCAGGAAGAGCUUGAGUCCUACAGUAAACACCUCUAUGCCCACUAAACACAAAACUUACUGAGGCUAUCAAGAUUUUUAUGAAGUUACUGUAUACAAGAUUUAUAAAAACUUUUUUUUUUCAGUUGGUGUAAAUUACCUAUUGUAAGACAAAUAUUAAAUGCAUAGGUUUUAGUUUUUGAAAGACAUUUUAUCAGUGACAUUGAAUGUAAUUUU